UUUGCGACAGAGUGACGUGGAGGGUGUCGCGCUGGCCCUCGCUUGACGGCAGCCGGGCGGAAAUGAGCGUCUACGACCUCUUUCGGGGCUUCUUCGGCUUCCAGGGGGGGAACAGGCCCCGCGACCCCUUCUUUGGGGGCAUCACAAGGGAGGAGGAGGAUGACGAAGAGGAUGAGGAUGAUGACGGCGGCCCCUCCUUUGGGCCGCGGGGCUUUGGCGCCUUUGGGGGCUUUGGCUUCCCCUUUGGCCCCGGCGGGAUGCGCUUCCACGACGCCUUUGGGUUCGAGGAGCUCUUCCGGGACUUCAACGACCUCUUCAGCGACAUGGGGGCCGUGGGGCUGCCCUCCCGGCCCUUGGGUGAGUCUGGACACACUUCCCCCCUCCUGCCUCCGUGUUACGGGGAUCCUGGGAGUUGCAGUUCUGCAAGGCCGUUCAUUCAAGGCUGCCUAGGUGCCCUUUUAGCCCUGGCUCAGUGCUAUGUGACUCCUGGGGAGAGGAGAGGCCUCUCUAGUCGGAGCCCCCCUCCAUUCUGCCUUGGCCACUGAUCCCUGAACUCAGCU